AUGGGAAUUAGCUCUGAAUUUGAUAAUUUUGAGCAACAGUUUUUACAAAUCAUCGGAGAAUUCAGAUCUAGUUCGGAGUCCGAGAAACGCCUUCGUGAUGAAUUGCGUUCAGAAGCCACGCGGGCGGAAUCCGCAGAAGUGGCUCGUAGCUCAGCAGAGCGAGCCGCCGCCGAAGCGAGAAGCGCAGCGGCGGCUGCUGCGGCGGGCGCGACGCAAGCAGCAGCAAGCCUGGCUAAAGCACGGGAAGAAAUCACGAGUCUAAAGAUGCAGCUAGAAAUAACUGAACGCCAACGAGGACUUUUAGAAGAACGUUGCCUAGAUCUUUCCAGCCAAGUUACGUCAUCGGAAAAGGAACUGCAACAGUUGAGGCCACUUCAACUAACCCAGAAGACCUUGCAGCGUCAGUACGCCGAAUUGCAAGAACGAGUUCGAGUAGCCACCGAAGAGACCCGAAGUGAAGUGAAUAGACUAGAAAACGAGCUCCGGCGAGUAGAACGGUGCGCCGCGGCCGGGUCGGAGCUGCGCGAUCGCGCUAGACUAGCGGCCGCUGCGCACGCGCGGGAACGCAGGCUGGCCACCGCUGACCUGCAGCAUACCUCACGUGAACUACUAAACGCUAACGCUGAAAUAACUCGCCUCAAUGCUUUAGUGGCCGAACUGCAUAUAAAAUUAGCUGACCGUGGGAGUGAAGCACUUUUCUUUAAAACGAAUAACCACGACGCGGAGGCUUUGGCCGAAGUACGGGCUGCUUUGGAAGCGGAGAGAGCGGGAGCUGCUCAGCUGGAACAGGCCUUGGCAGCGGCUGUAGCCGACAGCACUGCAUUAGCAGCCCGCCUACAUGCUGCUGACAACACUCCUACGUCGUCACAACAUGCUAAACACGUGGAACCAUCGUUAACAACCAAUGUCUGUCCAAUCGAUUCUUUUCUUGCUGAUUAACUUUUUUGAUUAACAAAAAUUCUAUCUAACUACAAUAUUAUCUAUCUCAAUCUUUUAAUUGGUUUUUUAAGUGCGAUGAUCUCACA